AGAAGCGCGGUAUAUAUAGCUUGGAGUGCGGGUUCAAUGUCUAGUUCAAUAUAGGGCUCUUGCAGACAUGAAUAAAGUGGUCAGGUUCGGAGUUGUGGCAGUCGUCCUUUGCGCUGCAACGGCUUACGAUUACAGCAAUUCGGAUUUCAAUGAAUAUUUAGCCGACGAAUUGGAUUACUACAGCCAGUUCGAUGUACCCAUACCAAAACUCCGUUUUAAAAGGGACGAGGAAGCCGUUCUCCCCGACAAGUGCAAAUACAGAAGAAAAAGACUCUGCUGCGCGGAAACUUCUAUGGAAGAGCUACACGAGAAGGAGAAGGAAAUAAAGCGGGAAUGUUUCAAACAGGUUCUCGGCAAGGACAAAGAACAGAGAGGUAUGGAUCCUUUCCGAUGCGAGAACAUCGAGAAGCACAAAAGGGAUAUGGUUUGUGUCAUGCAGUGCGUUGGACAAAAGAACGACGUUCUGGACACCAACGGGGAUGUGAAGGAAGCAGCGUUCGGUGAUUUCGUGAAGCAAAGCUUCACCAAGGACCCCUGGUUCGCAGAGUUCCAAGACGCAGUAAUAGAAACCUGCAUCGACGAGGCUAAAAAUGCGACUGAAAGCAGGGAUCCAGAGGAUGAAACCAGCUGUAAUCCAUCCGGCAUAAAACUAGCGCACUGCCUAUUCGUACAGACGCAACUCCAUUGUCCUGAGAGCGAAAUUAAGGAUGCGAAAUCCUGCACCAAACUGAAGGAGAGGAUAAAGGCUAAGCUGGCUGAUGGCGUUCCCCCACCACCGCCGUUUUUACACGAGGAAUAAUCCCUGAUCUGCUGAUUUUUCGGAGAGACGUCGAAAGCAAGAUUUGGACAGGAUAUUUUGGAAUAUCAUUAAGUUACGUUAAUUUAUUUACACUGUAGUUGCUUUUAUUUGCAACAGGAAAAUGAUAAACUUUAAAU